GGAGAAACUUGAGGGCCAGGCGGGCUAUUGCCAGAGUUGACUAUUAUCAUGUCUCCGGCCAGACGUGUUGGUACCAAAUCGAUCGCGCGAAUCGCGACGGAGCAGCAGAACACUGCCCCGCAAAAUUACCAUCAUCUCGGGGUGGCCCCUCAGCCCAGGCGGACAUUUGCCACUGUGCCGGCUACGAAGGAUGAUAAGCCAGCCGUCAUCAGAUGAAUAUUAAAGGCUUUCGGUUUCGCUAUCUAACGUUAAAUGGUCCCACGCUCCCCGGCUUGUCUCUAGUCCGCCAGCUACUCUCUACUCACUGUUCCGCACUAAUAUUACACACUCCCGCGAUCACCAAUGGUUACCCUCGACGAAUACGCUACUAUCUUGCGCCGAUCUGCUCUUGAUCCGGAGCCUUCAGAAAAUGGUAGCCUUUCCGAAGAUGAAGAUGAGGUUCAAGCAACUUGCUCGGAGGAACCCAUUUCGUCGGAGGAGCCCACUGGGCCGGAGGAACCCACUGGGACUGAAGAACACACGGAGACGAAGGAACCUACUCAGCUAGAGGAACUCUUCGGGUCAGAGGACCUCGCGGAAAUUGGCGCAUUCAGAAGGUUUAAUAGGUUCCUUUCUGAAGUAGAUGAACCCACCGACACGAUGGAAGCGGCGAUGGCACGAACAAGUGCGUUUACAUCGCACCAGAGGAAGCCCCCAACCACAUCUACAGGUGAUGAUUAUUUGAAGAGGAUAGAGCGGAUAAAAGAAGAUUGCGACGAGUACGAAACUCAGCUGCUGGGUGGGAUUGUCGAUAAUGAGAAAAUUAGCAUUACGUAUUCCGAUAUCCACGUUGAUCGUUCCAUUCUCGACAGCCUAGAAAAUUUAACGACUCUUUCGCUGAUCCACCCUGAAGCUUUCACAUACGGUGUGCUUCGUUCCAAUCGGGUCUCUGGUGCGCUCCUCUAUGGGCCUUCGGGAACGGGGAAGACACUCCUAGCUCGAGCGUUGUCCAAACAGGCAGGCGUCACUAUGCUCGAAAUCUCCGGUGCAGAUGUUUUACAAAAGUGCGUCGGUGAGGGCGAGAAAAUAGCUCGAGCAAUCUUUUCACUCGCCCGCAAGCUGUCACCUUGUAUCGUUUUCAUCGAUGAAGCGGAUUCCUUCCUCGCCAAACGCAAAGACGAUGACAAACACCACGAACGUUCUAUGAUCAACCAGUUCCUGCGAGAAUGGGACGGGAUGGCGGCCGGUAACGGUGACGCUGCCUUUAUUUUGCUGGCCACAAAUCGUCCCUACGAUCUCGAAACCGCCGUGCUUCGUCGUGUGCCCGCAAGAUUUCUCAUGGACAUUCCGACGUCUGAGGCUAGAAAGGCCAUCUUACAAAUCCUCCUUAAGGAAGAGAAGCUGGGGCGCAAGGCCGACAUCGAGACUCUCGCCGGAAUGACAACAUCAUACACAGGCUCCGACCUCAAGAAUCUUUGCGUCGCAGCUGCGCUCACCUGUGUCAGCGAGGAAUAUGCAAACGCUGCCGCCCGCAAAGCCCCAACCCCGAAACGGCGCAUCAUCAAAAGAGAACAUUUCGACAAAGCGAUGCUGACGGUCAAGCCGACUAUAACCACUCCGGCCGAUUUGUCCCGGCUCAGAAUGUUCGAUAAGAGACCCGGUGGAUUCUAGAGACGGGGAUGCUGGCUUGUGGUCUUUUUUUUCCCUGUUCACCUGUUUUUUUUCCCUGAUUGUUUCCUGGGUUCGACUUUCCUAUGCACGCUCGAUCUGUUUGCAGUCGGUGUAGAAUUUGAAGAGAGAAUUGGGCGUGGUGAUUUAAUAUUACUUUGCCAUCCAUCCACAGUACACAAAGCCUGG